AUGUCGACUAAGCCGACAGUACUUGUUCUUGGUGGUUUAGGUUUUAUUGGUAAAAAUUUCAUUCAAUAUUUGGUAGAGAAUGAACUUGCUUCCGAAAUAAGAGUUGUGGAUAAGCUAUUGUUGGAAACUGUUCCUUUAAACAAGAAACAAAAAGAAGCAUUUGGAAAAGUUGACGUUUAUCAAAAAGAUUUGGUUGAUCCAAAAUACAGCAGGAUCGAGAUUAAAAUGGAUUUUGCAGCUAGAAAUGCUGUUAAUUUAAGUGUAUUAAAACGACACGACGAAUACAUUGUUGAAAUUAUUGACACUUCUAGUCAUGUUGUAGUUUAUUUAUUUGAUCGUGACCAAUCUACAUGGACAAAGAAAGGUGUAGAAGGAACAAUAUCCAUACAACCAGUUUUUGGAUUUAUAGUGAUGAAUCGACUUGGCCUUGACAAUUUCAUGGCACCUCUAGUAGACAAUAUGGAUCUAGAAUUUAAAGACGAAUAUAUAAUAUAUCGUACAGAUGAUGGUAUAGUUGAAAGAAUUUGA